AUGUCCACGGAUCCGCCUACUGCGGAGGUCCCUCAGGCCGAGGGGCCAACUAUCGACGAAGCCAAAGAUACAAGCGCCCGACGGGCCUCCGGUACCGCCAGGCGGUCGCGUCGUAAGAAGGAUGACGACCCUGACACAAAGUCAGCCAAGAAGGACAAGGAACCUAAGGAAAAGCCGGCCCGUGCUCCUCGUCGUCCCCGGGAGAAAUCCACUACAAAUAGCACGAGCUCACGGAAGAAACCCAAACUGGAUCCUGCGCAACAAACUACUGGGGCUCCUGUUCCGGACGCCCCAGCCCCGUCGGCGCCGCAAUCUCAGUCGCAGCCCUCACAACCUUCUCAACCUGCUCAACCUGCUCAACCUGCUCAACCUGCUCAACCUGCUCAACCUGCUCAACCUGCUCAACCUGCUCAACCUGCCCAACCUGCCCAACCUGCCCAACCUGCCCAACCUGCUCCACCUCCUCAGCCCUCUUCAACUUCAUAUUCUCAAAGCCCGCAUCUACCUUCAGCUCCCGGAGGUAGUUACCAGUUGUCACAACCACUGCAGCCCCCGCGCCAGCAAUCCCAAACCCCAGUAUCGCAACCUCCAAGAACCAGCGGACAGAACUUCGACCCGAUCCGCUCUGCGUUUGACAAUCCAUCUCCAGCUCCCGCAUAUAGUCCCCCCGCUCGUGCAUUGUCCCCACGCAACACCUACCGCGCUAGUGCAUCACCGGCAAUUUCGAGCAUAAUCGACCCGCCAACGCAAAAUCAACAUGUCUACACCCCGCUUCAACGCACCUCUUCCGGUCAGGCUUCACGUGUCGCCUCGCCGGCGGCGCCUGCAAUGGCUCCUACACCAUCACAUCCAUCAUUAGCUCCGUCGCCUCUUCCAGCCUCAUCUCCUUCCUAUGGAGCUGUACACACCCCACAGCCGUUGGCGCAUUCCAAUCACUACACAACCCCAUACCCACCUACCGAGCAGCGGCAGAAUCCCUCACAAACACCGAAACUGGAACUUUCUUCGCCGGCGAUGCACCAGCCCCAGCCUCCCACACAGGCAGAGCCAAGCGCACAACCAACCCCGCAAAAACAGCAAUCUGAAGCAAUGGACGUUGAUCCAAAGCCGCAACCUAAGGAGCAGUCGGCUCCAAGCGCCAAAAAAGAGAAGGGCGCGGCCACGCCGACAUCUAAAGCCUCGUCUCCGAAGCCGGCUCGGCCUGCGAAGGAACCCGCUCACAUACCCCAAGGCUCUGGUCUGAUCACCAAUGCGCUGUUCGGUGGAGCAGAAGAAGCGGCCAAGUCGCCAGAUUCGCGAACCACACCCAACAUUAUCGUCCAUGUUCCAUUGAACAAGGGCAACCAGAUUGUUAACUUUGCUCGUCUCGCGGAGGAACAAUACGGAUUCGCUGCUCUGCAUCCUCGCCUAGCUGCCCACAAAGCACGCUUGGCUCGAGUUGCAGCCGCAGGAGCUGCUCUGGAAAAGAACGAUAAAAACGCCAAGGGAAUUUCUGCCGGCGAGAGUGCCGACGAGGAUUUGAGCAUGGACGCAGGUGGUGAUAGCGAUGUAGACGGGGAUGUAGCCAUGGGUGGAACCGGCGCAGGAACCAAUGGCGCACCCUCCGAGGCAAGCGAUGGAAAGAAAAAGCGUCGCAAGAAGGUUGAGGAAUAUGACCGAGACGAUCCGUUUGUGGAUGACAGUGAGAUGGUAUGGCAGGAGCAGGCUGCUGCCAGUAAAGACGGCUUCUUUGUCUACAGCGGGCCAUUGGUCCCAGAGGGAGAGAAGAUUCAAGUAGAACGGUAUGACCCAACUUUCCUCUCUGCACCCUCCAUUACACAGCUGACAUGUUUUUUCCUCUAUAGAGCGGAUGGUACGAUCAAGCGCGGUCGUGGACGUGGGCGAGGAACAGGCCGUGGACGUUCAUUGGCCUCACAUCCCCACGUUCCGAUUGCUGCAGCUGUGCCUAUAUCGCAGGAUACAGGUUUGCCACUGCGAGGACCUGGUUCUCGAGGUGGUACGUCACGUCGCGCACGUGGCAGUAAGAAGACCGAGGGUGAAAAGCACACUACCGAACGUAACGGCACUACUGCUUCCGCCGCACACGAAGGACGAGGUGGCCGUGGCGGAGCUUCAGGCUCCGGUCGUGGUGGUAGUAACAGUACUCGGGGCGGGAAGACCUCGUCUACAGCCACAGCCCCGGCUUCAGCUACCACCCCCACAUCAACGCCGGACGUCGUUCCUACGCCCUCAACUCCGAGUAACCCGUCUGCACCGCCGGGUCCUAGUCCCUUGGCUGGCCCUGAGCUGAUGAUGAAACAGAGUGCUUGA